AUGGUGUCAUGGAAAGGGAUAUACUUUGUACUUGCACUAUUCUUGGGAAGUUUUUUUGGAAGUAUAUUCAUGCUCGGUCCUUUUCUACCUUUGAUGUUUAUCUCACCGGCCUGGUACCGCUGGAUCACUGAUUGCAUUGUGGCCACUUGGCUCACACUCCCAGUGGCCUUGCUGGAAGUGGUGUUUGGUGCCAAGGUGGUUGUCACCGGUGAUGGUUUUAUUCCUGGAGAAAGGAGUGUCAUUAUUAUGAACCAUCGCACACGAAUGGACUGGAUGUUCCUGUGGAACUGCCUGCUGCGAUACAGCUACCUCAGACUUGAAAAAAUCUGUCUCAAAUCCAGUCUCAAGAGCAUUCCAGGAUUUGGCUGGGCGAUGCAGGUUGCUGCCUUUGUUUUCAUUCAGAGAAAGUGGGAAGAUGAUAAGAGUCACUUUGAAAAAAUGCUGGAUUAUUUCUGUGACAUUCGUGAACCACUACAACUCCUCAUCUUUCCAGAAGGAACUGAUCUCACAGCCAAUACCAAAGCCCGCAGUAAUGAAUUCGCUGACAAGAAUGGACUUCAAAAAUAUGAAUAUGUCUUACAUCCACGAACUACUGGAUUCACUUUUGUGGUUGAACGUCUAAGGGAAGGUGACAAUCUGGAUGCUAUCCAUGACAUAACUGUGGCAUACCCCCAAAACAUUCCUCAGACAGAGAAGCACCUUUUGAAUGGAAACUUCCCAAAGGAGAUUCACUUCCACGUCCAGAGGUAUCCCAUAGAGACAGUGCCCACUUCUAAGGAGGAGCUGCAGCUUUGGUGCCGGAAGCGUUGGGAAGAGAAAGAGGAGAGACUCCGAUGCUUCUAUGAAGGUGGAAAAUGCUUCAGUGCAACCAGGCAAAGCUUUAUUCCGCCGUGUAAAUCUGAGCUCAGGGUCCUUGCGGUUAAGUGCAUCUCGCUCCUGUAUUGGACAGCGUUCCCACUGGGUAUGCUUGCACUGCUGUACCUGUACAGCUCUGCGCGAUGGUAUUUUGCAGCCAUGAUCAUCUUUUUUGUUGUGCAGCAAAAGAUAUUUGGUGGGCUGGAACUAAUUGAACUCGCUUGUCAUCGGUAUUUUAAAAAGCAACAGAAAUUUCACGACACAAAAAUAAAAACCAAUUAGUUCUGGGGUAGAGAAAGAUGUAAAAAUGGGUGAGUUUGAGAUGUCCUGCAAAUUUUACGCACAGGGGAGAAUUUUUGCAUGAGAAUUGUCUUUUACUAUCGCCGUUGUUAGACAUUUGCACUUGAUUCUGUGAAGAGAAAGAAACAUGUUAGUUAUUGCUACACGUGAAAAUGGUAGUUUUUAUCUCUGAAUGUAAUUUCAACAUCGCUCUUGCAAGCAGCUAGCAACUGCGUUCUGCUGUAAUUAAGAAACAAAUUGCUGGAUUAUUGAACAAUCGUAAGGUCGUUAAUAAAUGUGACAUGCACUGAAUUUUCAUGUAGAAACCCAAACUGUCCAGCUAAGAGAGACAGAUGUAUGAUUUCUGUAUAAUCACAUUGUCAUAAAGCGUGCACCAGACUUGGAAAGCUGGUAAGUUUAAUGAUGUUUGAUGGUAGGUGGAAGUUGGAGGAGAGGUUGUUCUGUUUCUUUUUUCUGUUUCAAGUA